AUGUUCCCCCAUCUCCCCAACCAGCCGCCUCGGCUGAUUAUUAUCGGUGCUACCUGGGGUGGCGUCAGUGUCACAGACGACAUUCGGGCCAUGGUGGCAUCCGACGAUAGAGUCACCUUCGACAUGUACAAUCUCUACAACGUGUUGACGCCCGAUCCAGCUUACGGUGCCGUCAAAACAUUGACAGUGCUCUACCAACUCGAGGGGUUGAACAACAACGGAGAAGUGCAUCUACUCAACAUUCCCGAGCAUACCGCCGUCGUCAGUAUCUGGGCCGACAAGCACGCCUUAGCCGAGCAAGAAGCCGUGGACAGAACAUCGGAUUUUGUGCAAACCAUCCACCGGCCGUGGCGGACGGGACUUCCCUACAACGGCUCAGUGGAGAUCUUGGCGGCGUUGUACGGGCCGGAAAGCAUCGAGACGCCGUGGGUGUUGCAGGAACUUGCCAAGUUCUUCGAGGGGAGAAGGGGACAGAUCCGCAUGACGAACGCGUUUUGGAAGAAGGACACUUGGCCGGGUGUUAGGAAGUCGUGGACGGUGUACUUUCGGUUUGCCGACUCGAAGCGGAUUCAAGUCAUUACAGGCAUGGAGGACGGCGCGCUGGAGGUGCCGUGGGCACUUGAUAAAUGCUUGAUAUCUGUAGGUAGUGUAGAGUUGAGUGGAAUGUGGGCUGUGAAAGGAAAGGAAAGAUCUGUCGCCCACCGAGCCGUUAUCGGCAAAGAAAAGCGUGGUGAGCAGAGCAGCAGUCAGGGCAGAGAUAAGGAUCACUGA